AUGUUUUAUCACAUCCGACUUGAACACGAAAUUCUGUUGCAUCCAAAGUAUUUUGGUCCCAACCUGAUUGAAACCGUCAAGGCCAAAUUAUUUUCUGAUGUUGAGGGCACGUGCUCUGGAAAGUAUGGAUUUGUUGUCGCAGUCACAAACAUUGAUCACAUUGGCGCUGGCAUCCUUCUUCCUGGACGGGGCUUUGUUCAGUACCACAUUGUUUACCGGGCUAUCGUUUUCCGACCAUUUAAAGGGGAAGUUGUUGAUGCUCUUGUCACACAAGUUAACAAAGUCGGUAUAUUUGCGGAAGCUGGGCCUCUGAGCAUAUUUAUCUCAAAAUAUGUAAGUUAUGGCCAUUUUCCAUUACUUCUAGUCCGUCCCAACUGUCUGAUCACUACUUCCAUUAACCAACUAUCUUUGCCAUGCCUUUCGACGCGUUGA